AUGCAUUAUACUUCGUUCUUCAUAUGCUUCGUCGCGGUAUUCCUGUGCUUUGCCGCCCACCGCACAGAUGGAUUACCUUCGUCAAAGCACGAUACCGGCGCACGCUUUGCUCUCGCUAUGGAAGAGGGCAACCAGCUAAUCCGGCUGCUGAAAGGUUGCGACCAGUCUCUCGACAGAGUGUCGAUAACUACAAAUGUGAACUGCACUUCUGUGCCGUCCGGGUUUCCAGAAACCUGCAAGAAGCUCACGGCUUUGCUAGAAAAGCUGUUGAAUUCCCACCACUCUAUAGUGCCCCGCUCGAUACCUGACAUGGACCAAAUCCCGAUCGGUCCUGGACCGCAGUACGGUCUACAGCAUACGGUUUCAGAAACAGCCAGAGACGUCCAGGUUGAGCGAAACAGUUUGGCGUCACGAUCAUAUGAUAUCAUUGCACGUGCUGCAGACCGCAACCAUCGCCGCGAAGUCUGCGAGGCCAAAGCGUGUCCGAAAAAGGGUCUCGAAAAGGCAUGCACUGCGAAGAAGCUGCAGCCCAAGACAGCGGCAACCUGCAAGAUGUGUUGUCCCACACCAGACCCCAAACUCAUCGGCGAGCAUUGCCAGGCAAGAUGGAAGCGAGAGCGGAAAGCGUUUUACGUUGUUUGCUUUGUUCUCAUUGGGAUUACGCUAGUUUCUGGCUUGGCCCUCCGCUUACGGAGAGCCUAUGUUCAAAAACAACAACAGCCACAGACCGAAGAGGAUAAACAAACGGGAGAACUGUACCAUUACGAUGGAGCCAAGUCGUCAAAAUCUUACGAUGGAGCAAAAUCAUCAACAUCUCUAAGGCAGAGUAGCCAGACGGACGGCCCUUCUUUGGAUACCGUUGAUCAGGAUGAAAAAUUGGAUGAGCUCUGGGAGGAGGAUGAGGGCGAUAUUGGAAGCUCGGCGGCUCAUAAGAAAUGGAAACAGCUGGGACUACUGUCCAAAAACGGCCGCAAGAGAGUUCAAGACCUGUUUGAUGUGGAGGCGAUGCGGUCCAGACGGGAAGUUGGCAACCCACCGCGACAGCAGUCCGAUGACAAGAUUCCAGUCAUGCCUCGAGCUCCCAACGCAACGGUUCGACAAAUGAAUCAGGGGUCUCGACGAGGUCGGCUCGAGAGGCAGUCUAGCCACGUUGAACUCCGGCAGGUUCCCUACGGUGGCACGGCUUGA